AUUAUCGUCACUGCGUUCAGGUGUGUUCUCCACCAAUGACGUCAGUCACUGAACCGUUCGUUGACGCGGCCCUUAAAAACACACGUGGCUGCGGCCGAGUUCACGUCAGUUCGGUUCCGUCCGUGUUAACGAGUGAAGCAUCGGAUCGAUUUUAAUGUUGGUUUAAAUGAUGGCGUCCGCAGCUUCUUCACUCGAUACUCACGCUGCCGCGGUCAUUUCUCCGUCCGCCGAAGCAGCCAUGAAUCCAUUCAGUCAAAUAGACCUGGACUCCCAUCCCUCUGAAGACGCAGCGGCAUGCUCAGAUUCCUUCACCGAUAACGAUCUCCUAGUCCCCAGCGCCCCCUGUUGUCCGGUCACGCUAACAGUAUGUGGCGAUCCGACUGUUUCAAGCGACUCGUCUUCGCUCAGUGAGGCCUCCUCAGAACAACAUGUCAAUCAAAUCCAAGUCCAGUCUCCAGACCACGACCGCUCUGCCCCCACACUUUGCCCUGACACGGACCCAAUCGCCCAUCCCGCCUCCUGCCACGUCUUCAUCAUCCAGUCUCCGUCGCCGGCCCGCCCUCGGUGUUCCGUGGAGACCUACCCCGACAUGGAGUGCUCCAUCUGCUUCAGCGAAUUCAACAACGUCUUCCGCUGUCCCAAGAUGCUUCACUGCAGGCACACGUUCUGCCUGGAAUGUCUGGCACGUAUCAACGUCAAGUCGACCGAGCCUGGCGCCAUCAACUGUCCUCUGUGCCGCAGCCUGACGCAGCUGCCCGCCCUCGGACUGCCCAGACUGCCCACCAACUCGGAUGUCCUGUCGUCCCUGCCGGCCGCCAUGCAGAGAGUCUAUAGCAUCCACUUCAACCGCAACAAGGGGAAGCUCCAGGUCAAAAGAGAAUUUCUUGGAUGGCCUUUGACCUCAUGUCACAGCCCGCUUCAAUGUCUGGUCUGAGAUCCAGUUCAAAAGAAACCCCCAAAAACUCCAGUCUUCAUCAGGGCUGUGAAGAGGGU